AUGGCAGAGACAAUGGUGGUGCCAAUGGAUUACGUGGUGUUGAAAUCGAAGAUUGGAAAGGACUUUCCAUACAUGAAAGCUGAUGAAUGGAAGUCCUGGGUGCUAGUGUAUUCGCCUAUCUUGUUGAAGGCUGUCCUGCCAGUUGAAAUGUUCAGAAAUUGGAUCAGUUUUGUUGAUGCCUGCCGCCAAUUAGCAAAGCCAAGCAUCACGUUCUCUGACAUUGACGACGGCCAUAAAUUUCUUCAAGAAUUCUGUACUGAGUGCCAGCGUAUUUACACUCCAACUAUUCUCACCUGUAACAUGCAUUUACAUCUCCAUCUUUGCGAGACCAUCCGUGAUUUUGGACCAGUAUAUGGAUAUUGGCUCUUCGGGUUUGAGCAAUAUGAUGGUCUGCUAAAGAACGUGAAUACAAACAGAAAAAAUUCCUUUGAGGUUACAUACAUGAAUAGUUUCGUCCAAGAUACAUUCAAAGGUGAUUUUGUUCAUGCUGCUCUCACAUGCCCAAGCCAAGUACUGUUUCUUCCUCUUCUCGCCAAGCUUACUGCCACAGCUCAACCCUCCACUUCAAAAAAUACAAUAACUUUUCCUCAGCGCCCGUUCAGACUAUCAGCCUUCAUCCAAGCAUACUCAAACCCUUCUCUUCCAGUCCUUGGCAAUGAACCUCUUUCUCCAUCCGCAUUUCCUCUCCAUAUUGAACCCCCAUCAGCAAUGAGUGAUGUCAACUAUCCUCAUUUGCUUGAUUACUAUAAAGUCGCAUACUGCAUGCCAAAUCUUGAAGGUUACCAGCAUCCCUCCUCUCCAUUCUCCUUUGUUGACAACCAAAUCAUAAAGUUGAAAUCAAUCAAUUUGCUUGGUCAGGUUUACAAAGGCUGCAAAUAUGCUUCUGGUCGUGGCUCAUUUGUUCAAUCUCUGUUCCUUGGAAGUCAAGGCAACAAUUGGUUGGCAUACACUGGCCAAAUUCAGUAUCUGUUCUUGCACUCUUUCACUCCACCAGUAGAUAACACAGAGCUCCAAACACGUGUCGUUUAUCAAGAUAAACACGUGUUUGCGUUUGUUAAGUGGUUCCAGAUUGAGCAUGACCAUUCAAGAGAGUUGGAAAGUGUUGACAUCUGCAGUGCAGAUUUUAUUGCGUGUGGUUUUGAAUGCAUCUUGCUAGUACAUCAAAUAGCAUCAGUUGUUGCAACAUGUGAUUAUAAAACCAGCACAAAUAAUAAGAAAAUACUUGUCAACGCUUUACCACACAAACAAUACAAUUAA